AUGGAGUUUUUAGAUGAAGACGUGCUGGAUGUCACUCCUCUCUCUGUGAUACCAGGUGACGCACCAGGACCUUCUUCCAUGGCUGGAAGUAAGAAAGGUAACAUUUCUGAUAAAUCUCCUCAUCAAGAGAACAUGCACUAUGUUGGUCGUACCAUUAGGAACCUAGUUACUAGGAUUCUGAAUGAAGGGCAUGCAGUAAAGGGUGUCUUUACCCCUCUGUCCAGAACGGACCCAUCAUUUGAGGUGGAACCCCAAGCUGAGAAAGAUGAUGAAUCAUCUAGAUCAGAAAAAGAAGGGGCUGCUGAAGGGUUAUGUUCUAUAGGUAAAAACUUACCUAGCAAGAAACCAGCAAGUAUGUCUCAUGAGCCUACUGAGAAUGUUGUUAAUCUGGAGGAAGAGAGUUUAGAGGAAGAGGAUGACACUUUGGUUCACCAUGUAAAACCAAAUGCUACUAGGAAAUUAGAGACUAGAAAAGGGAAGACUAUGGCUGAAAUGAUGACAGCCAGGACUAGGAAGAAGACUGCUGGUGUUGUUAAGAAGUCUCCAGGCAAAGUUGCAGCUGUGCACUUAGAUAACAUCUCUUUUCACUUAGAAGGUGGUGUUGCAAAAUGGAAGUUUGUCAUUCAGAGGAGGGUAGCGGUUGAAAGAGAGCUGGGAAAAGAGGCUGUUAAGGUCAAGGAAUUAAUGGAGUUAAUUAAGGAGCGGCAGGGAAUUCUGCAAGGUGUUUGUAAGAGGUAG